AUGUCUCAGCUCGAUGAUGAGGAUAUUGAAAAUUUACUGCAGCAAUCUGACCUAGAGGAUAUAGGUGAUGAUGAGGACGACACAUGGGCCCCGGAUGCUGAAAAUGACGGUUUAUCUGAUGAUUCUGAGGACGACAUGCCUCUGUCUUCACUGCCGAUUUCUCGUGAAUCUGAUGAUGGAAAAUGGAUUAAAAAGAAGUUCCGUGGUAGGCCUACCGCAGUCCAACAGCCUCCAGACCCAGGUGAGCCACCAAAAUCGCCAGCAGAGUAUUUUGAAAACUAUUUUACUGAGGAAUUAUUUGAACAGUUUUCGACUGCCACUUCACAGUACUAUAUAGCUGAAAAGGGGUGUGCAAUGAAGCCACAAUGCUCGCCAGAUGUUGCGAAGUUGGCUACUGAAGCAUUUCAGUCAGUAACUCAGCAGGAAUGGAAAAAUUGUGUUGACCAUGUCAUCAAGCUAAAAAAUGAAUAUGAUAUCGACAAACUUGUCAUCUCAGUAAGCGAUGGUAGUUCCAGUGAAUCUAAAGAGUCACUAAUGGACCAAUUUAAUUACGCAGGAGCUUCAGGCAACAUUUCGGGAGUUGAAUACCUCGACUCAGAUUAUUUGGACUCAGAUUAA